AUGUUCUGGAACCUCGCCCUCACAACAGGCCUCCUGGCCUCCACAGCCUCCGCCUCCGCCGCCAUGGGCGUCAUGGCCAUCACAAACGACGUCAUCGCCCUCAGCUCGCGGGACGUCCUCGAGCGCAGUUACCUGGACGUCACCUCGGGCCACGGGCUCGUCAAGCGCCAGAACCAGCAGUUCGAGUCCAACGUCACCCUCCGGCCCGACGGCACCAUCGACCUCGAGGCCUGGGACAAGGACACCGAGCGGGCGUGCCAGGAUUCCCUCAAGAAGCUCCAGAUCGCCACGAACCCCUCCGGUACCUGCAUCUGCUAUAACUUGCCCAGCCUCGACACGAACUCGGGCGUCUUCGAGGCCGAUUUGAGGGUGUACAAGUUCAACGAGCCCAAUGGUGCGUUUCAAGGCAUUUCUCCGCAGCAGAUUGGCGUUGGCUUAAUGUAUCUCGGGGCUUCGGUUUCGAGAGUGAAUGCCGAGACGAUGCAGAAUUUGGCGAAUGGUACAGGUCAGGCCGCGAACCGUAAGAGGCAGGAUAUUGUGUCACAGCCAGAGAAUGCUCCUGAUUUGGAGCUGCUUCAGCAGUAUCUUCUUGUUGGUCAGAUUGACAACGACAAGAUGCGCAAUGACCUCUCAAUGGCCGAACUCGAGGCGCUCGUCAUGCCCAUCCUUACCCUCACGGCCACAAACUCUUCGGGCCAAACUGUCUCCACAAACGUGUCCUCCAACGAAGCCGUCUUCGUCACGGGCGUCUUCUCCCGCGAGAUCGUCAUGUCCGACUUCGCCCUCGCCUCCCUUGCCGUCGAGAUCAAGCGCGAGCAGCUCGCCAACAAGACCGUCGCCUUCGUCCUCCCAGGCGUCCAGCUCAUGAUUUACCCCAUCGGCCUCAUCAUCACGUCUAUUUGGCUUGUGCUCGGCGUAAUUGCUUACGGUAUUGGAACUUAUGAUCGGAUACGCUAUGCGGAGGCUUAUAAGAGGAGGUCUGCAAGGGCGAACGGCGGUAGGCCUGGCAUAUAA